CUGACAUAGAGUGGGUCCUGUGUAAUUUCUUUGACUAGGAGCUUGGGAUAGUUGGCUUGACCAUCCCAUCUAAAUAAUCCUUGGGAUCUCCAAAGUCUAGGAUUUAGAACAUUAACUCUUGUUUUAUUUUUGAAGGUGGUUGGGAGCACGUUAUUGCUGCCCAAAGCCAUUGCUUCUCCUGCAGAGUCAGUGUAAGAGUGGGCCAAUGCAGGGAAUGAAAAAGCUUGUGUGUAAGGUAGGUCAGGCCUCCAGUCCCAUGUAUAAAUCCUUUUGCUGGAUGCCUGUAGGACCCUGUUCCCAAGGGAUGCUCAGGAUUUCCCCUCCCCGUCCCUGUCACCCAUCUCUACAAAUUCCCUGAGGCUGUUUUCUGCUUCCAGUAACCAAAUGCAGGAAAUUUUCAUAAACACCAAAACAGAAUAGGUGCUAAAUAAUGCCAAGGAAGUAAUGAGUUACCAUGGCCUAUGGAAAGGAUUGGCAGACAUUUAUUUUAUUUAAUGGUUUUAUUAUUAUUUGGUGAGAAAAUGGAGACAGACAGAGAGCUAUUUCUUUGUGCGUGGCAUUCUUUAGGAACGUCCCCACAAAGGCAGUGGUGGGUAGAGAUGGCCCCUUUCAGCCACAAGGGUGGCCUUGGAGGGUUUCUUGUUUGGAAGCACCAAAUCUGCAGAGAUGCAGUUGGUCAGUGGCCCACAGGAAGAUCGGUGGGAGGUGUAGGAAUUUGUACAUAAAAGAUUCCAUUGGGCACUGCCAGCCCCUCCCCAGAUGGGAUCUGGUCUUCCCCCAAGAGCAGGAGUAUCUCUGUGCAGCACUGAAGGCAAUGGGGCCAAAUUAUUUUAAUUAGUGAUGCAAAUAAGCAGAAUUUUUACAGCUUUGCUUUUCCACAAAACAUGAUCAAUCACUGGUGAUUUUCUUCCAAAGCCUUUUGGAAGAUUUUACUUCAUUUUCUCCCAAGGAAGCACUUUACCUGGUUAUUCCACUCCAGGACAUGCCAUUAUCUCAUAGCCUGUGCUUGCUGUGCACAUCCUUUCGGGUCUGUUCAUAGGCUGUGAUAAGCUGCUGAGCUGAUAAGGGAGCAGGUCAGCAUCCGUCCUGUAAAACCCAACCUGAGAAGUUCAGCUUUCCACCACGUAACGUCAGACACCACAGAGCAGCUGCGAUUCAUUGGUGAGGUUCUGCUGAGACACGCUGCUCUCUCAGCUCUCUGAAAUGGAAUUUGUCACCAUUGCCUCAACACCUAUCGCUGGAAAAAGGAAAUUAGUCUCUGUGUGUGGAGACCUGAUGCUGACCUGAGACACAGCUGUGGCUUUUGUUCCUGGAGCUCACCUACUUUUUCCAAGUGUGGGAGCUGGUAUUUUCAGCUCUGAGCUUGAUUUCUGAUGGCCUUACAUGGUUGUGUGACAGUGCCCUCCACGUAAAGUGGAGAGCUGGGCUUUCAGAGCUGACUGCUUCUUCCCUGAAACCUGAGUGGAACAGGACACAGAUAAGGGAAAUGGCAAAUCCCAUGCCACAGGUUGCCCAGCCAGGGAAGAAUGCUGAUGCUGCACCCUGCAAGUGCAUUAUGAGGUCACCUGCUCUUUCCCUAAUGGGGAGCAGAACCCAGUGGGAACCAGAAAACCAGGAAUUUAUUCCCAGCACGACAAGCUUGGUGCUAUUCCAGACCUGCUCCACCCUCUGCUUGGAGAGUUUAGUUCCAUGGCACCAUCUCCUAGCAACAGGGACACAAACCACUGAUCCAGGGGAUUCCCUGCCAGGCUGGGGCUGGAUGGCAGCACCCCGCAGCGUCUCGGCUGCUUUUCAGGGGUACCUGCAGUACCUGGGGGUGCGCGACUUCCCCUGUGGCCUCGGCAGCUGGAACAAAUCCCGCCUCCAUGGCCGCAGGAGCCCCCGGGCAGAGGCAGCGGGGCUGGAGGAGGCUGUGCCGCCGGGAGAGGAGAGCCCCGAGGCGCUGCUGGAGCUGCUGAGAGACCAGCACAGCCCCUGGGCACUGCCCUCCGAGGGCAGCCCCCAGGACCGGCUCCUGCGGGAGGUGGCCGUGCUGGCACCCGAGCUCCUCCAUGGCUCCAGGAUCUUCCAGCUUGUCAAGUCCCUGCGGAUACUCGACAAGGGGGUGGAGGAUGUGGAUGAGGGUCUGCUGCAGUUCCAGCAGCUGGAGGAGCUCAUCCUCAGUGCCAACCACAUCAGCAGGGUCACCUCAGCCCACCUGCCCCGGACUCUGAAGGUCCUGGAGCUCUGCUGCAAUGCUGUGGGUGAUCUGCAGGACCUGUGUGCUCAGCCACCCCCAGAGCUCCAGCACUUGGGGCUGGGCUACAACCAGCUGUGUGGCCCUUCCCAGGAAAAGCACCUCACCGCGGAUUUCUGGCCAAACCUCAUCUCCCUUGACCUGAGCUUUAACAGCCUCACAGACCUGCCAGGGCUGGUCUCCCAGCUGUCCACUCUGCAGAACCUCCAAGUCCUGCUGCUCCAAGGGAACCCACUGGCUCUCACCCCCACUUACAGAGGCUUCCUGGUGGACAGCCUGCCCAAGCUGUCCAUCCUCGAUGACAUCUACAUAUGGCCUGAAGAGAGGCAGCAGUUCCAUGGUCUGGCAAGGCAGCCAGAGCUGAUCAAGAGUGAAGCACGAGUGGUUGUGAGCAUUGGGGAGUUGAAGGGACUCCCUAAUCCUGAAGCUUUUCAGCAGCUGGAGGUUGGCUCCGAGGGUCCAGUGACCACCUACAGCUACUGUGUGACCUACGAGUUUGCAGAGGGAGAGCAGCUCGAGGACAGGGGCAGCCCUGAGGGAACAGAAAUCCACCAGAGUCCCACAGUGGCCGUGCUGGAUGUGGACACAGGAGAAACAAAGAGCCAUCAGGAGCCUGCAGCCACAGAGGAGCCCAAGGCCCACUCUGCAAAGGUGUUUGCCACCCCUGGACAGCCCUGGGCAGACACCAUUGACUGGAGCUACAGGAAGGAAUACAUCACCAAGGACUUGGUGGGGCUGAAGUCCUACCUGGAGGCUGGAACGAUUGUCUCAGUUGUGGAGGAGAAGGUGCUUUCAUGGCCUGUGGAUGCUGAUGCAGAAGAAAACACUGUCACAAGUAAGAAGGAAGGACAGGAGCUGAAGAAGAACACUGCAAAGAAGCAGAAAAAGAAGAAGCAGCAGCAGCCGUGUGAAUUCCGCAGUGACCCUCCUGUUCGGAGCACCCUGGGCUCCAUGAGGGUGACCUUGGAGACCCUGCUGGCCACCGAGGACCUGGUGGCAACUGUGUGUGACUUUGGGAUCCUGAUCCCUGAGAAACCACCAGAACCACCAGUUCUGGAGGAGAAGGAGGUAAAAAAAGGCAAAGACAAGACCAAAAAACCCAAAGCAGAAAAAGAAGGAAAAGGAAAAAACAAAGACACUGCUGAAGUGGAGGAGGGUCAAGAGCUCCAGCCGGUGCCGCUGACGGUUCAAUUCCAGAUGCAGCUGCUUCGGUGGCCCUUGGCAGCCAGCACCCAGAGCCAGGAGACCGUGGCCAUGGCAGGGGGGAACACUCAGUGAUGUGUCCAUAGCAGAAGCGUGAGUGGAAAUAAACCACACAGGAACGCUG